GAAGCUGGGGUGGCCAGGAGCACGUGGAAAGAUCACUGCUUUGCCAAGGAAUUGAGUAUCACCGUGCAGCACAGCCCACGUGGGUCACUUCCAAUCUGAGCUGCUUUUCAAACCAUGCAUGGAAUUCAGGAUUUAAGCAGCCAAAGGAUCAGCAUCCCUUUUUUCUCCCACUUGUGCAGUGUUGUUUUUCCCAGGAGCCACCCUGAAUGCGUAAUUCACUGCUGGCACAAUUUGCCCUGUGCUUGUGGCCCCUUUCCCUGCCCUUGCUGCGUCAGGAUGGGAGGUGAAGGUGCCCAGUGUCCCCUGGAAGGACAGGAGUGACGUGCAGGCUGCUUUCUCCUGAUGGCAUCCCCAAAAAAACUCAGGCGGGAUGCCAGCUGGACUGGGAUUACUGUUACAGAGGAGGUCACAGCAUUGGCCCCUGAGCUGUAUCUUGGGCACGAGGUAAACAGGUAAACAGCGUCUUCCUUUCAGGUUUAGGUCAGCAGAGGAGCCGGGCAGGAAAACAAGGCAGGAGCCGUCUGGAGAGGGGCAUCAGUGCCAGGCAGCUUUUGUCUGGAGCCUGAGGGAUGGAGCGACGGUGGCUUCGGGGUGUCAGGACCACACCAAGUUCCCCUUGUGCAAGGCAAGCUCAGGUGCAAGUGCGGAGGCUCACAGCACAUCCUGAGGGCCCUUUCUGUGUGUGGUGCUAAUGAGCAUCAAGGGUUAAACACAGAGUUGUUUUAAAAUGAGGGAAAAGGGGCAUUUCUUCACUCCACCUUGGCCUCUAGCCUCUUGUCCUGAGCCCAGUAGCCCAGUCCGUUCUGGCAGCCUGAGACCCAGCGCCCUGCCACGCUCCUAAGGGCAACAUGGGUUUGAUGGUGGAUUUCACUCCAAGUGCUCACCCGGCCCCUGCUCCACGUGAGCUUGGGGAACACGUUCCACCAUGCAGAGGCAAUCCUACCGGGAGCACGGCAGCUGUCUGGGAUGGACUGUGGUCCAUGGUCUGUGUCAGGCAAAGGGAUUCAACCUGCCCUGCACAAAGAUCUCAGUGCUGCACUGCCUCCAAACCACUUGCUGUAAAGCCUUGGGGCAAGGGUUUUCUGCAUCUUGUCCUUGCCGGAGUAGUUUUAGGGUAAAAACCUCCUCAGUCCUAUGCAGGGGGUCUGGGCAGGACCCUUCUCCCCAUGCCUGAGCCCUGUGAGGAGAGCAGAGGGCUGAAACAGCCACCUCAUCACGGGUGCCAGGUGACCCAGUCCCAUCAACUCAAAUGCCACCAGGGGAACACUGUCUUUCUGUCACCCGAUCUGUGGCUGCUGGAAUGUCCUCGUGGGUGCUAUAUAAGGGUGGGGCCAGCUCGGCUCUCAGGGCACUGCCUGUGCAAGGCAGGAGCUGGAACACUGUGCCGAGGUUCCUAUGGUGAGGCCACGGAGGGACACGGCUCUGGGCAGUUCACUCUGGGGAGAUAAUCUCUCCCAGCAACCCCCGUUAUGGGUGGGAUAGGGAAGGGCGGGCAUUGGUGAAUCCCAUGCUGAGCAAGCCCUGUGCCUCAGUUUCCCCGGGAUAGAAGUGAGGAGACAGGGCAGGAUACGGUUUUUGAAAUGGACCAAAGCCAUCGAGAGCCACCAUGGCACAUCAUCACCUCUGUCGCCGAGCAGGACACCCACAAGAAGCCCCAUCCUGAUGCGUUCUCCCGGCUCCUCCACAAACCCCUCCUCUCUUCCAGCCCCUCUGCCACCAUGGUGGGUCUGAAGCCCCCCGAGGUGCCCCCGCCAGCCGCCGUGAAGUUCGUCAGCGCGGGGAUGGCCGGCUGCAUCGCUGACCUGUUCACCUUUCCCCUGGACACCGCCAAAGUGCGGCUGCAGAUCCAGGGCGAGGUGAGGAUCCCCCGGACCAUCAGCUCUGUGGAAUACCGGGGUGUUUUGGGGACACUGAGCACCAUGGUGAGGACAGAGGGAGCCCGCAGCCUCUACAGUGGGCUGGUGGCUGGGCUGCAGCGCCAGAUGAGCUUCGCCUCCAUCCGCAUCGGGCUGUAUGACUCUGUGAAGCAGCUCUACACCCCCAAGGGCGCUGAGAACACAGGCAUGGUCGUGAGACUCCUGGCUGGCUGCACCACGGGAGCUGUGGCCGUGGCCUGUGCCCAGCCCACCGACGUGGUCAAGGUCCGGUUCCAGGCCAGUGGGGCGCUGUCAGACAGUGCCCGCCGGUACAGCGGCACCAUGGAUGCCUAUCGCACCAUCGCCCGGGAGGAGGGGUUCCGCGGGCUCUGGAGAGGGACGCUGCCCAACAUCGCCCGCAAUGCCAUCAUCAACUGCGGGGAGCUCGUCACCUACGACCUCCUCAAGGACGCGCUACUGCGGGCACAGCUCAUGACAGACAACGCCCCAUGCCACUUUGUGGCCGCCUUUGGCGCUGGGUUCUGCGCCACAGUGGUGGCAUCACCGGUGGACGUGGUGAAGACGCGGUACAUGAACGCCAGCCCCGGGCAGUACCGCAACGCCCUGAGCUGCCUCCUAGCCCUGCUCAUGCAGGAUGGCCCCUCCGGCCUCUACAAGGGCUUCGUCCCGUCCUUCCUGCGGCUGGGCUCCUGGAACGUGGUGAUGUUUGUGUCAUACGAGCAGCUGCAGCGCGCCAUGCUGCUGGCGCGGCCGGCCCUGGCGUGAGCCCUGCGGCGCCUCUCGCCGGCCCAGCGAGGCUCAGCAUCAAUUACAUUAAUUGCUGAAGCGCUGGGGGGCAGUGAAGCCACACGCUCGGGGAGGGACACGAGAGACGGAAGGAGAAAGGAUGCUGUUUGAGGAGAAACAUGGGGGAACUGAGGUUUUCAGAGAGGAAUUUUAAGGGACAAAGGAAUAAACGUUUCUUGGCUUUCCGGCCAGGAAGAGCAGCGCUUCCCAAGAGCAGUGGUAUGGGCAGGUGGGACCAAGCUGAGGGCCAGAGAAUCCCUGUUAUUCCUUACUGGCGCUUCUAAUAAACCGCCCCUAUGGGGUCUGAUCACA